AAAUGAGAAAUCUGAACAUGAAAAGUGGAAGUGAUCCAAUUGUUUAAGCCUAAUACUUAUGAAAUCUUCUGUGAGCAAAAGUAUUAGGGGUUCUAUUCCUGCAAUGGAUAAGAUCAAGGAUUUCUUGAAAGCUAUUGAGGAACAAUUUGGCAAAUUUGACAAGGCUCUUGCCAAUACUCUUAUGAAGAAACUCUCUAGCAUGAAGUUUGACCAUUCUAAGGUUGUGCGUGAGCACAUAAUGGAAAUGAGAGACAUUGCUGCCAAGCUAGAUUCCUUCUUGUUGCACUUUGUGCUAAAUUCCCUUCCUCUUGAGUUUGGCCCCUUUAAGAUUUUCUAUAACACACAUAAGGAUAACUAGUCAGUGAAUGAACUUUGGACCAUGUGUGUUCAAGAGGAAGAAAGAUUGAAACAUGAGAAACUUGAUGAAAAGCAAGAGGCUGCUCAUCUUGUGAGUCAAUCAAAGGGAGAAACUCUAAAGGGAGGUUGGAAAAGGUUUAACAAUACCUAUAAGGGAAAGAAGAAGAUUGGAAAGAAGCCAUUAAAGCUUUAUUUUGAUAAGGAUACUUGCUUCUUCUGUAAGAAAAAAGGACAUAUGAAGAAUGAUUAUGCCAACUACAAAAAUUGGUUGAAAAAGAAAGGCACUUUAUUGUCUGUAGUGUGUCAUGAUUCUUUUCUUAUUGAUGUUCCUGAUAAUACUUGGUGGAUUGAUUCUAGAUCUACAAUUUACAUUGCUAAUACUAUGUAGGGCUUUCUGAACCUAAGGAUGUUGAAGGAAAGUGAACAAGGCAUCUAUUUAGGCAAUUGGAUGCAUUCACAAGUUGAAGGCAUAGGGACCUUUAGACUUAUUUUGAAUAAUGGUUUUGUCUUAGAUUUGCAAGACACUUUUAUGUUCCAUCUUUUUCUAGGAAUUUGGUUUCAAUUUCUAAACUUUCAAACAGUGGUUUUAGCUUUAUUUUUUUAGACUCUAUGUUUAAAGUUCUUUAUAAUAAAAAUGUUGUUGCUUCUGGAAGUUUAAUAAAUGGUUUGUACAAAU